GUACGGAGUGUCUGUCGAGGGUUCCCUUUAUUCUGGCAUCUUAAAAGUGGAAGCGGAGGUAUCAGGUGUUGUGUGUACACACUGCGAGGCUCAAAGAAAAGCCUCACUGAAAAAAUAGUGCUGCAAGACCCACCUCAAACUGGAUACCCGUGCAGUUAAAUUAUUCCUGCAAAAUUUGUGUGCGUAAGGCAGCCCCAUUAGUGCUUCUGUGCCAAGACCAGUGUUUUUCGAGAGCUGCGGCUGAACGCGGAGUGUGUUGUGUCCUGCUCCUGCGGUGGCGGUGGUGGGGGUAGAGGAACAUAUGAUCGCCUAGACAGAGAGCACCAGUGUGGAUUGAGAGACAAUGGAAUAAGGAUACGCCCGCCUGCGUGGAGUGGAUAACUGUUCCCUGCCCCACUAAGCGGAGUCUUGGCCAAAUUUGUGGCAAAGUGCGAUCUGUGCUGCGGGCAUGUGUCCUCGAGCGUUCGCGCGGUCCCCAGUCGCUAGUGAAAGCGGAGUUGGAGUUUGUGACCUGUCCGUGGCUCCAGCAGCUCCAGCGGAGCAGACGCUGUCCGCGCUCUCGGCCGAGCUUUUCCUCGCCUUUGUGGGCAUUUCCCGGGGCCCCGGGAAAGCGAUGCAACCAUGCACUCCAUGAUGGAGGGGGAAGGCGGCUUCGAGCCGCAAGACGUCUUCGUAGAGUUGGGAACGUUGGUUGUGGAGGGCCGGGUUCCAGGUGGCGGUAGUGCUCGUGGUUACACUGAGGGUCCCCACUGCUCCCCGCAAGGUCUUCACAAUGCUACCUCACGUCAUAUUUGUAAUGCACAGCAGAACUUUUUGUGCAAACGUGCUGAAAACUUCAAAAAGCAUAUGCAGUUGCUGUUCCAAAAUAAUGUCCCCAUGUGCAUUGAAGUGAUUCUAUGCUGUGACUGCCCUUGUGGAGUUCAGCGUGCACAAUCUGCAGAUGUUGGCUAUGCUCCAUCAGCUUCGGACCUUUUGCUUGAACAGUGGACUAUAACAUACAGUAACAGGUCUGGUGAUGCUGCACCAAUGCUUCCAAGAGGCCUUGUCCAAGCAGUUCGAUCACAGCUCCAUUUCUCUCAGUUGUCGGCUUGGUGGAGUAGUACCAAAGGCACUUGUCCCACCAAUGUGCGCUACCGGAUUACUGUGCCUGGGCAAGCCUUUGCUUUUCCUUUCUCUAAGCCGCCAAACGAACAUACUUUUCCUCUAGCUUCUGUUGGGAAAAAUGGUUCUAUUAAGGUCUGUGCUCGUUCCCUGCCCCGUAUGGAAACAGUGCCUGUCCUUCACUGCCUUCUGCACAACGGACGCCUACAACCAUCAACUGAGGCUGGCGAGAUGCUUUGCUUAGCCAAACCUUGCUUACCUCUGGCGCCCUCCAGUGUGGAGGCAGCUUGUGGAAGCUCUGUGGUCGCUAUGAGUGAAAAUGAAAACCCAGUGGAGCCUUCCCUCGGAGAGAGUCUUUUGGAUUUGCCUCAACGAUUCCGCAGUCCCCCUCGGGCUGCAGAGGCUCCUGAUAAUUUCCUGUUCAGACGCCUUACUGAGGUUUCUGCAGCGAGGUGGCAAGGCCAAGGUGACACUCCUCCAUCUCCACCGCUGGGUCUGUCCAGAGCGGUCUCUUGGUGGAAAGACAAUCGCCCUUGCUUGGUGGCAAAGUCUAAUGGUCAAGUGUGUCCACGAGCAGCUGCCUCCAAAAAUAGGAGGCAGAUGAAUGAGCAGGGCCAGACCUGUGGUCCCUCAGGCCUUUUGGAUGACCGUAUGCAGAUGGAAUGCAACAUGCCGGGCAAGCACCAUUGUAGCUGUGAGGUGGAAGAGGAGAUUGAGGAAAUUAAAACUCCCACGCCAGUGCGCCAACGCAGACGCAGCCAAGCUUCAAUGCCUCCUCAUCCCUUGGCUUGCACUUCGAGUGCCUCAGAUGCAGCAAUUGGUACCGUUAGUAGCACAAGUGAAUGUGUUGCAAAUGAGUCAACGAAGAGGUCAUCUGGUCUGUCUGUGAUGGCUGAUGAGUAUCUAUACACUAGUGACGGUCUUGCAAGCAAUGGAAGUAACACAGGAAGCCUAAAAAGACGUCGCCCAGUUUUGGAUGCUGCUGAGGCCUCCUGUUCAGCAUAUCAGGGGAAAAGCUCCACUUGGAUGGAAGCAGACCAUAGUCAAGACUUGACAGUCAAUUUUACCAGUGGGAUGAGCUGCAACCAAAAUGGAUUGACCGGUGGUGCUGCUGCUUCAUUCACUUUGAGUCCUGCGAAAGGCACCACUGCUCCCGUGCAACUCCAGCCGCCUCUCAGUGAGCAAGAAUUAGAAGAUGUUCUUGCAGUUUUAAGGGAUAAGGCAAAUAUUCGCCCGAACUUUAAUCCAAUGCAAGUCUUUUAUUCUUCGGAGUCUGCUUCUAGGCUCAAGGAGACUGGAGAAAGCUCUGUUGCAAGUGAUGCAUCAUGCCCAUUGCUUCGACCAAAUGUGCCUUCUGACACUGAUAUAAAGUCUGCUAAGACUGACUCCUUUCUGGAUGCCGUUUUGCGUGCUGUUGGAAGAGCCUGUCAACGGAAUGCCAUCUGUCAAACUCAGUGCAACUGCUGCCAGAAGGAAAAAGAUGAUCUGAUGAGAACAAUGGAUGGGAAGGGGGCUAGCCAUUGUGAUAAAAAUAGUGAUUUGAAAUGCCUCAACACUGCAAAAUCGAGUGUGAAUAGUAAAGGUCAAUCAAGUUUUAGAGUGAAUGGUUGUAAACCAAGCUAUGAUCUCAGUGAAGACCACAAUAACCAAGCAAUCUGUGAUAAAUAUACCUCCCUUCUUAAAUGUGAUAUUGGGGAUACCUGCCCAUGUCUUUCAUGUGUGUCUCAGACACAGCCAAGCCAAACCAAAGAAGGAAAUGAACCCCAAUCAAGCAACAUGCUAUAUGAAAACUAUAAAAUUUCUGGUGCCACAGUCUCUCCUCGUCCUGUGCGGGCUCGCUCAAAAAAGGCAGACUGUUUGGGUGCUGCGCUAGCACUUAAAUGUUUGGCUCAAGAAAUGCAGAAAGAGUCGCAAAGUGAUGUUGUCAGCAGGCAGGAUGUACCCUCCGCUUCAGAGAGGGCUCGUUUCCGAAGAUCGUUUGAUUCUGCAGCUUCAAUGGUGUUCCAUACAAGAACAGGGCUUCCGCUGACCUCAAGCCCAGCUCCUGUGCGGCGUGGUACAUCACACUUUGAUUAUGACAGCUCUCUGAAUUCAGUUUCGGCAAUAAGAAGUGCUCUUUUUGAUACUCCUGCUAUUGCGACUCAGAUGGAAGACUCUCUAAGCCUCAGCAGUGAUGAUACAGAGAGUGAAAGCGGGGCUCGUUCUCCGUGCUCUCCAGACGCCGGAAUAGUAUUUCCUUCUCUUAGUUCUUGCCAUGCUCUUUCCCCUUGCUCCUCACUACUUGGGAGCUUUGAGGAGUCUGUUUUAAACGGCCGCCUGGAACCUGUCAGCACAGUGCAAGGAUUUACAGCAGAGAUUGGUGCAAGUGGAUCUUUUUGUCCACGUCACUUAAAAAUUCCUGUUACUGUCUUCUUUUACACCUUGGGUGAUUAUGAUAAGGUCUCAACUCCCUACUUGGGGCAUAUAAAUUUAGGCAAAAAAGGAUACAAUGUUCCACGGUCCGGCACUAUUCAAGUGACAUUAUUCAACCCAAUGGGAACAGUCAUAAAAAUGUUUGUUGUGAUGUACGACCUGGCAGAUAUGCCGCCAAAUUCUCAUACCUUUCUACGUCAGCGCACACUUUACAUGCCAGUUGGUACUAAAGUUACGGGUGACCUUCCUGACAGUGAUUUGACUCAGAAGUGGUUGCGGUAUCUGAUACAUUUGAGGUUUUCGAGCUCCAAAUCAGGACGAGUGUACCUUCACACUGAUGUCAGGAUGAUCAUAUUCCGUAAAUCGGAUAUGGACACUGCAACUGUUCACAACAACAACAACAUAGACUCGGGCUUUGAACUACGUUCCUACACCAAUGGACCAGGGAACCCCAAAUUUUCUCCUCGAUAAUAAGGACCUCAUCUCCUGCUCAAGGAAUGUAAAAUUUGUGAAUUGUUGUUCAUGUUCGUCUUUCAGUUAGAUUGUGCAAUUGUAUCAAUUGCUUAUGGUUUAGAUGAAGCAAGAACAUUCAUUGGUGAUGCUGAUGCACCACUCAGUGUAGUGUAGAAAGAGCUUGUAUUGGUAGGUCAUACUUUUGAUGAAUUUGCAAUGACUAUAGUUGGUGAUUUUUUUGUUUUUCCAUCUGUGGUCUGGUUUGGUUGUUAUGUGCCAGAGAUAUAGGAUGGUAUGAAUGUUAGAUGUAUCUGUGAUUUGUAUAGUGCAAGUGCAACCAGAAGCACAUGCACGAUGAUUAAUUUUCUUUUACCAAGCUUUUGUGCCACAAACCAUUAGACAUGUAUGAUCAAAUUUGAUACACCAUCAAUUUAUUUGUGUAUACAAAAUUAUAAUUUUUCCUCUUAUUUGAUGUAGGAAACUUAAAAUAAAUCAGUUGCCAAUGCCCAAUUUUAUUUGCUCUUUUGUGCGUUUGUCUUUGUUCUCUUAUUUUCUUUUGGGUUUUCUGAAGGUACUGAAAUGUUUGAAAGGCAAAAGUUUUGAUUUUAUCUGUUCAAUUAUUCAUGUAAGGUGCACAAAAUAUUGUGUUAUCUUUACCUUUAUGGCAAUCAUGUUUGAGUCAUGUGAGGGCAGCUGGUGCCAUUGUGAUAAUAAAUUUAUGGCAUUGCUUCAAUAUUAUUUGUAAGUUCCUGUAAAUUAGAAAGAGAUUGGGUAUUUGCUGGUACUCAACAUCACCAAUAAAAUCAUAUUUCUAUUUUAAGAGUAAAUAAUAAUUAUUUUUCAAAAUAUAUUUUCUAUAGAUGUUCAAACUAUUUGUGAAUUAGCACUUAGUUUUAUUUGCGAAACAUGCAAUACAAUUGUGACAGUCAUACACACAUGUUCAAUAUCUCAACUUUGUGUAAAAGAAAUCUGCUUUCACUUAUCAAUUUUGCAUUUAGGCUUUCAAACAGACUGGUUAAUUUGUCGUUUUGUCAAUUUUAAUGUCUUGGUGCAUCCACAGUUCUAAAACCUACAUCAUAUGUCACUGAACUGCUUUUACAAAUUGUUUAAAAUGUGAGAAUCUGGUGUGUUUGGAGAUUUUAUGUAGCAGGAAGUGUAACAGAAUUUUCAGUAGAUUUCUCCUCUCCAAGCCAUGUAAUUAAUUUACAAACCUUUUCUGUAGCUGUUUUUAAAGUGUAAUACUUUAUAUGUUCAUGAGCUUUAACCAGUGCUUGUGUACAGUUGCAAUAUUUUGAUUUGUUAAUUUGUAAUGCUUCAAGUAUGUGCAGUCUGUAGUUGAAUUCUGAAUGGACACUGUAAAAACUCAUGUCUGCUUUGUAUCAUCAGAAAUGUGACAGUUAGUGAGGCAAUUGACCCUUUUUCAAGUGUAGCUGUUCUUUCUGGGAAGUAGGCUUUAAUUUGUGGAGCAAAUAGAGCUCAAGUUUUCAUUGAUUCGUUUUGUUUUUUACACUCAAGAAAUGUAAUGAAAUGUUAUGUUCUUGUUUGUAUUUUAAUUAUCAAUAUCACGCAGCUACAGUAAUGGUUCUAAGACAAGCUUUCUCCCUUCUGGUUAAUUUUAUUUCUGAAUGCUCUGGAUGGGCUGUUUUUGUUGGUUCUGUUAAACUGUACUGUAAGGCCUUACACUGUAAGGAGCACUUUGUGGUCCCACUUUCUGGUAAUUCGUCUCUCAGAAUAUCAAACUGUGACAAUCUGGCCCUUCAUGUUUCAUUAUUUACUUGGUUGACUUGUGAAUCUUUGUCAACAUUGUGAUGUACAUACUUCAGUACCAUGUUUCAUUUGCUGUUUUCUUCUUUUGUUCUUUUUCUUGUAAAGAUCCAAGCUUGUUCAGUGUAUUAACCAGACUAUAUAUUUACACAAAGUGCAUAAAAUAUAUCUCUAUAUAAAUAUAAAUAUAUACAUAUUGACAUAUAUAUCUAUCUCAAAUUCCUCUAUAUUGUUUCUUUUUUUAGAAUCUAUGAAUGUAAAUGUUAUUUAUUGUAGCACCGAAUGCCGAAACCAUCAGGCUAAGUGAAACCAAUCCGAUCGAAUAAAGUAUAUAUGUGUAAA